GCAUUUCUGUGGUUUAUGAAAGUGUUGAAAUGGCAGAACAAUUAGAAUAUGUUAUAAGUCCAUGGGAAGUUGAAACUUGUAUAGAAAAUCUGCAAACCUCUGACAUUAACGAUUUUGACACAAAGUACUAGUUAAUUAGUGAAACGUAAUUGCAGUUGGUUCGAAUUUCACAAGAAAAUAAUGUUGCUUAAUCAACAGAGCAUUUUAGAAAUUAAUGCAAUGCGUGAAGAGACUGUUAAGGAGUGGUUCAUAACAUUUAAAAAGAUAACUGUUCUCAUAUAUGAAGCAAUCCAAAUCGAUAUAUGGAAACAGAAAGUGUUUCCAAUAUUGAUAGAGAUUAAUGAAGAACCAACCAAUACUUUUUUACUCUAUAGUAUAUUCUAUCACGAAUCACUUGCCACUUCAUUAUUGGAAAAUGUUCUAUUUCACUCCAAUAGUGCAGAUGCAAUAGAUGAUUCUGCAUUAGAUUUAGUUGAUUAUGCAGUAAAUAAAGUAACUACACUUUUUGUUUCUAAUGACACAGACCUCCAAAAGAACCCUAAUGAAUCUAACACAUGCCUGGAGGAAUUACUUAAAAGAAAAUUUGAAUUGGAAUUUGACAUUGCAAUGAAAUGUAUUUCCAUAUUACGCUACUUAGCAGAAUUUUUAGAUAAUUUACCACUUUGUGUACUUUCUCGAAUGCUUACAACGCACGAUGUACCCUAUUUAUUAUGUAAACUUAUUGAAAAGAAGCCAUGGAAAAAGGAAAACGAAAAUGGAGAAAGUAUGAUAUACAAUGGUAAGUGGGAAAUCAUAAAUCUAAAUGAUGCAGAACGAAUUUCUAAGAUUGAAGGACAAGCAUGGAUCGGAUUGCGUGAACUGUUGCUCAAUCCAAAAUGUGUUCCUUAUUAUGAGAUUAAUGACUUUAGAAUGUCCGAAUUAUUUAAGUUGCAAAAAUACUUACAUGAAUAUAUACUUGAUCAAAUUUCUCCACUUAUUGAUUUAAGAAGAUGGCUGAUGCAAUUAAGCCUCUCAGCUGCAGCAACGACUGACCAAAAAACAAUCAAUAUAGAAUUGAUGUCACAGAUAAGAUCAUCAAUUUUGGAGAAGUACCAUAAAAAAUGGAAAAAACUUGCAAGAAGUCAAUCCAAUUAUUUGUUCACUGAGAACAUACAAUAUAUUAGGCACAUAGCUCAAAUUUUGAGUGAAGCGUACAAUUUGGAUAAACUCGAUUAUCUUGAAAUGCGAAAGUGUUUUGGUUGUAAUGAACCCGCUAAAAAACGAUGUUCCAAGUGUAAGACAGCUUGGUAUUGUAGCAGAGAAUGUCAAGUCAAAGAUUGGAUCAAUCAUAAAAUUAAUUGUAUACAAUAAUCAUGAAAUAGAAACUAUUAUUAAACCAUAUCUUUUUUUAUAGUCUUUGUAGUGAAAUAUAAAUAACAAAAAUAAAGAGUAAAUAGUAUUGGA